AUGGACUCGAAAUGGCCCGAUACCGGGAACACUGUAAAGUACACCUGGGAACUCAGCAACACAACUGGAGCGCCAGAUGGUUACGAGAGGAUAUUGAUGUUGGUGAACGGGCAAUACCCGGGACCGACACUUGAAGCAAACUGGGGAGACAACAUUGAAGUCACACUCACCAACAACCUCCAGUCGAAUGGCACAGGCAUUCACUGGCACGGCUUCCGACAGCUGGGUACGAACGAUGAGGAUGGUACAGGUGGCGUGACCGAGUGCCCCAUUCCACCAGGUGGUUCAAGGACCUACAGGUUCAAGGCCUCUCAGUAUGGUACAUCUUGGUGGCACAGUCACUACUCGGUGCAGUACAGCGAAGGUGUUUCUGGUCCCAUCGUGAUCCAUGGUCCUUCAACGAAGAAUUGGGACGUUGAUCUUGGACCUUUGCCGUUCACCGACUGGUUUCACACUCCUGUGUUUACCGUAAAUGCAGCCACGCUCCACGCGAAUGCCCCACCUACUGCAGAUAACAUGUUGGUAAAUGGGACGAUGGUCUCAGAUCAAGGCGGCAAUUAUGCUGUUACCACGCUCCAGAAAGGGAAAACCCAUCUUCUUCGGCUCAUGAACAAUGGCAUCAACAAUUGGGUCAACAUAGCUCUCGAUGGACAUCCCUUCACUGUGAUUGCAGCGGAUUUCAAUCCGAUCGUUCCUUUUAGUGCCGACUCAUUAACAAUAGCGGUUGGCCAACGCUACGACGUUGUAAUAAAUGCGAAUCAGACCGCCGGCAACUACUGGCUUCGCGUCGGCACUGGCGGAGGAGCCUGUGACGGACCAAACGCUAAUGCAGGCAACGUUCGAAGCAUCUUCCGCUACGAAGGCGCAGACGAAAAAAACCCCGAAUCAGAAGCAAGUGCGCAGUUAUCGACAGGCUGUGAUGACGAAAAGAAUCUGGUGCCGUGGGUGAAAACCACAGUACCCCAGACAACACCCAAAGACAUGGAAGUCAAGUUCAGCAACACCGUCGUUGAUGGCGCGAAUCUAGUACAAUGGCUCAUUGGCGACACGCCCAUGCACAUCAACCUCAGCAGCCCUUCCAUUCAGCAAAUCUCCUAUAACGACGGCAACUUUUCGAAGUCGGAGAAUACAUACAACAUCGGGCAGGCGAACAAGUUCCAAUACUGGGUGAUCCAACAAGACCCGGCUAACCUCGCUGCGGUUCCGCACCCUGUCCAUCUCCACGGUCAUGACUUCUACGUCCUUGCCCAGGAAUCGGAAAAGACGUGGGACGGUGACAUCUCAGGCCUCAAAAUGGACAACCCCCCUCGACGCGAUACAGCGACGCUGCCCGUCAAAGGUUACCUCGUGCUCGCCUUCGAGUCGGACAACCCAGGCCUGUGGCUCAUGCACUGCCAUAUUCCGUUCCACCUCUCGCAAGGCUUUGGUGUUCAGUUUGUCGAGCGAGCAGGCGAUAUCACCGGUACAUUAGACAAGGUAAAUGGUUGGUGCGAGGAUUGGAUCUCCUGGCGAGGAAAGUAUUAUCCCGAUGGACUAUCUGAAGGCGACGUCUCUGUGUAA